CCUGAGGAGGUAUCAGUAUGUUCAGUCCACAGUUAGACAGCACAGUCAGUCAGAAUAAAGCCCUGGUACCUUAAUAAAAUACCUCACGCCAACCAGCAUGCCUAGGAAGAGUGAUGUGGUGGCAAAGAUGGAAGACGUUGGAAUCGAGAUUGACGGAGACUUGAGUGACAGUGAUGAAGACACUAAUAAAAGGAGAGGGAACAGAAGACCGGCAGCUGGCAGAGGAGGAGCCCGUGGCAGGAGCAAAAAGCCAGACAGUGAGGAUGAAGAUGACGAGGAAGAGGCUCCGAGAAACCGAAGAGGAGCCAAUAAGAAGAAGGCCGCCAACUCACAUGAUAGCGAUGAAAAAAGUGAGGACGAUGCCCCCAAGAGGCGACGAGGAGGAGCAGCUAAAAAAAAAAAAGGAGGCAAGGCCCAGGACAGUGAGGAUGACACGGAGGAGGAGAAGGGAAACAAGAAAAACAAGAAGGGAGCCCCAGGAAAGAAGGGGAAAGAAGAGGACGGGAAAGACAAAAAGGGAGAAAACAAGGGGAAGGGCAAAGGAAAUGGAAAAGAAGACGAAAAGGACAAGAAAAAGAAAAAGAAGAACGAGAGUAGCUCAGACACAGACUCUAAUGCAGACUCAGAGGAAGAAUCCAUGUCAGAGGGAGAGAUGGAACGACUGAAGGAGGAGGUGGAGGAAAAGAAGAAGAUCAUAGCUACAAUGAGGAACAAACCAUGGCGAAUGAAGAGGCGGCUGGUACAUCUAAAAGAAUGUCAAGCGUUUGUGGAUAAAUUUGAGGGGGCCCUGGGCAAAGGAAAAGGCAAAAAGUUUUAUGCCUAUAAAGUCAUGAUGACGAAGAAAUGGAUCAAAUUCCAAAGAGAUUUUGAGAAUUUCAAAACAACUUGCAUACCAUGGGAACGAAAAAUAAAAGAGGUUGAAAGUCACUUUGGGUCUUCUGUCGCUUCAUAUUUCAUCUUCCUGCGCUGGAUGUAUGGCAUGAACAUGGUCCUCUUUGGCCUAACCUUUGGACUUGUUGUGAUCCCAGAGGUUCUGAUGGGGCUUCCCUAUGGAUCCAUUCCCAGGAAGACAGUGCCCAGAGCAGAGCAGGCCACUGCUCAAGACUACUCCGUCCUCAUGGACUUCAACGGUUAUUGCAAAUAUUCAGUCCUUUUUUAUGGUUACUACAACAAUCAGAGGACCAUUGGGCUGUUGAAAUUCCGCCUCCCAUUGUCGUACCUCAUGGUAGGAGUGGGGACUUUUGGCUACAGCCUGAUGGUGGUGAUACGAACAAUGGCUAAGAAUGCUGAUGUUGGGGGAGGGGAUGGAGAUGAAGGGGAGUUUACCUUUUCCUGGAAGAUGUUUACCAGCUGGGAUUACCUCAUUGGCAACGCCGAAACUGCCGACAACAAGUACGCUUCCAUCACCACCAGCUUCAAGGAGUCCAUUGUGGAUGAGCAGGAGAACCAGAAAGAUGAGAACAUCCACUUGAGGAGGUUCCUGCGUGUGCUGGCCAAUUUAAUGAUAAUCUGUUGCCUGGGAGGCAGUGGCUACCUCAUCUUCUUUGUGGUGAAAAGGUCUCAGGAGUUUGCCAACAGGGAUGACCUGAGCUGGUAUGAGAAAAAUGAGCUGGAGCUCAUCAUGUCUUUGUUGGGCCUGGUGUGUCCUCCCCUGUUUGAAACCAUCGCCGAGCUGGAGGAGUACCACCCCCGCAUCGCCCUCAAAUGGCAGCUGGGACGCAUCUUUGCCCUCUUCCUGGGAAACCUCUACACCUUCCUGUUUGCCUUAUUUGACGAGGUCAACAACAAGCUGGAGGAGGAGAAGUCCAUUAGGAACGCCUCUAUCUGGGCCCUGAAGGAAUACUAUGCCAACUUCACUCUCCACAACAACGACUCCGAAGCCACCGCACCCCCCAUCGACCCAGCUGAUGUCAUUAGAGGGCCAUGCUGGGAAACCGCCGUCGGCAUAGAGUUUGUGAAACUGACCGUAUCAGACAUCCAGGUGACCUACCUGACCAUCCUGAUUGGUGACUUUGCGCGGGCUGUCAUUGUCAGGUUCCUCAACUACUGCUGGUGCUGGGACCUUGAAGCCACAUAUCCAUCGUAUGGAGAGUUUGACAUCAGCGGCAACGUUCUUGGUCUGGUUUUCAACCAAGGAAUGAUCUGGAUGGGGGCAUUCUAUGCUCCAGGUCUGGUAGGAAUAAAUGUCCUGCGUCUCCUCUCCUCCAUGUACUACCAGUGCUGGGCCGUGAUGGCCACUAAUGUGCCCCAUGAGAGGGUCUUCAAAGCCUCCAAGUCCAACAACUUCUACAUGGGCCUCCUCCUCCUCAUCCUUUUCCUCAGUCUGCUGCCUGUGGUAUACACCAUCAUGACACUUCCACCUUCUUUUGAUUGUGGGCCAUUCAGUGGGAAGGCCAAAAUGUUUGAUGUCAUCAUGGAGACUAUAGAUCUGGAUCUGCCUGCCUUUUUGGGUACACUGUUCAGUUAUGCAGCCAACCCUGGCCUCAUCAUACCAGCUGUGCUACUGAUGGUACUGGCUAUCUACUAUCUGAACUCUGUGUCUGAGGCGUACCAACAUGCCAAUGCAGAGUUGAAGAAGAAGAUGCAGAUGGCAAGAGAUGAGGAGAAGAACCGGAGGAAUAACACUGAAAGCACAGACCAGGUGAUGAAGGACCUGGAGGAUCUCCUACCUAAUCGUUCUCUCCUUCCACCAGCUCCCCCACCAGAGACUAAUGCAGACAAAGCUGACCGAGGUGGAAAGUCUGCAAAGGUGAAGCCAGGAACUGCAGGCAAGGAUGUGAAACUGCAAAAAGAUGUGUCAUUGUCAUCACCCAAUCCUAACAAUCGAGAGGUUGUUACCCGCCCACCUGCUCCCCGAGGGCCUGGACCUCUUCCUGGGAAUGGUCCACUGGGGACAGGGGCAGGGCGGGGACGGGGGAGGGGACAGCCACCUCCAAGGCGUUAGCUCCCAGAAGAAAAGGUCUAGUUUUUUUAUGAACCUAUGAAAUGUUUGACUAAAUAAUAGAUAUUUACUAUUACUACACUGCAUUUGUGUCUUUGUAGAGUUUGUGUUUUCAAGUUUGACUUUGUGUUUGGAACCAUUUGAAACAACACCUUUCAAGCUUUUAUUUUCAUAUUGUACAUACUUCAAUUAAUAUGAUUUGUCAUUAUGUUUUGUUAACAUUAUACAUUUUUAUGGUACUGUGUGAUGUGAACUUCACACCAUUUUGUUGGAGAAUUGUAUAUUUGCAUUUCUGCUUCUUAUUGUACUGUGUAAAAGAGGCACUGGUCUGAUGAAUCUGUGGUCUUUUAACCAGGUUUGCUUGAGGAAGAUAAAGUGGUUCUGGUAUGUCAGGAUAGUUAACAGGUAGAAGACACUGCAAGGUGACUUUUUAAGUGGUGAUAAGCAUAAUCAAGACCACUGUCUCAGGGAAAUCUCUUCAGGUGUGUAGGUAAAGGUUUCUUACUUUCAGAACAUUAAUAAUAUUCAAGCAAUAUUCUAAUUAUACUUUUUUCAUUACAUGUUACAUUACACUGUGUAUUAUUGUGUAAUUAUUCCUGUAAUUACAGUGUGUUAUGAAACAUUUGUUACUAAACAUUGUUACUUCCAAGUGGAGAAGGCAUCUGCAGUGUGUCCUGAACUAAUAAAUAUGCCCUGAAAAUACCCACCAUGAAUAUUUAACAAAAAAGUUCCCCAGAAAUGGAAAACCAAAAUAAAUCAAUGUCAAACAGGGAGUAAAAUAGCAAAUAGAGCAAAAGUCUACUGACAAAAAACAAGUUUUAGGCUUUGUAAAUCAGUAAACACAAAAUGGAAGAGAGCAACUAUCACAUCUCUCCUAACUAAAGCGCUGUGCUUGCAACUUUUAAAUAUUAGGUGGGGCUGCACAGAUAACAGACAUCCUGGCUAAUGAGGUAACAAGUACGGGGAAAUAUAUGUUGAUACAAGUGAAUCUAACUAGCAACUUUCUAAGUGAGUGUACUAGUAACUAACGAGGUUUAGAAAAUGCUUUUUAGAGAUAAGUUACCAAAGCCAAAUUUGAUAAAAACCCAUGUAACACCACCCCAAUUUCCCAAAAUCAUGAAUUUAAAUGUGAUGCAACCCAAAUGUGUGGCUUACUAAAAAAAUCAACAAGGCCACUGAGUUUUUGACACUGAUCAGCACAAAAAAGUCCAUCAUGUCAACGUGCCAAUUGUUUUAAAUGAAUUACAUAUAUAAAACAAUUGAUUGAUGUGUGAGAAGAGCUUUCUUCCAGCUGGACAAUGACCCCAAACAUACAGCCAAAGCCAUACUGGAAUGGAUUAAAAACAACACGGUCAAUAUCCUGGAACUGCCCAGUCAAAGUACAGAUCUCAAUUCAAUUGAGAAUAUGUGAGAAGAGUUAAAAAUUGCUGUUCACCCAAGUCCCCAUUGGCUUGACAGAGCUUGAACAUUUCUGGAAAGAAAUAAUUAGCAAACAUUUACUGUAAUUGCUGCCAAUGGUUCCUUUACCAAAUAUUGACUAAAGCGGAUGAAUACACCUGCAUUUAUUUUCUAUUUCUGGCAUGUAUUUGUUAUAAAUUGAGAAAAAUGUGUAGAUUUUAAAAAAUGUGUGCCAAUCUACUGAAAAAGAAAAACCCUUCAGACCCUUUGUCAUGACACUCCAAAUUGUGCUCAGGGGCAAGUGUACAGUUCAGACUUCCUUAACUGAAUUGAUGAGAACCUAAAAAUCAAUGUUCCUUCAUGACUGAUUUUACAUGGUUCUUGGUUAUUCUUCAUUUCACCUGCAUUUAUCUUGUUUGAUUGUACCUCUAACCUUUCAAACAUUUAGCAUGUAGUCUUUCCAGUGAAUUGGUGUUCUGGUGCUUAUCAGAUCAGAAUCCUAUGUUGACUGUAGUGGCGCAGUGAUAUUAAUGGAAUGUAGACCGGGUAAUGGCGUGUAAUGUGGAAUCUGAUGUUUUUGCUUGUAUUUCCAUUUAUUAUAAUAUUUUGUAUAAAUGUAUAUUUUUUGUGUGUCUAAAACGUAAU